GUAACUGAAGUGUCCGCGGUGCUCUGUGGUGAGUGAGUGGCAGAGUGUUAAAGUUAAUUUUUCAUAUUUUUUUAAAAAACAAAAAAAAAAAAGUUAUUAAGUAAUAAAACCAAAACCUAAAAAAAAAACUAUUUGAGCAACACACACAGAGCACAAGAAAAAAAGUACAAACCAAAAAAUAAUAAUAAAAAAUAACGUAAAGAAAGAAAGUCAUUAUCAUCAUCGUGUUAGGACGUUGUAAAAGUGGACGGCGGAUUUAAGCGCAUGUGUACAUGAUUUGAUUAUUCAUAAGAAUUUAUUACGUAAAGUAAACAUCUUCAUCAUCAAUAUUCUUACUCAUCUUUUCAACAUCAACCUAAACAAUUUUUGAAUUAUUGCCGUUCAAAAUUAGAAAUCGAAAACAUCAAUACAAACUCAUAUACUCACAUCGUACAUAGAAUAUGACAAGAGUUAAAAGAUGGAAUACACUGGCAGUGCUGGUGCACAUACACCUAUUGGUGGCAUUAAUAGAUGUUGCAACAGCCUUCGAUAUAAGCAGAAUUACACCAAUAGCAGAUAGAAAUAUACGAACCGGAAAUAAAAUGCUGUACGAAAAGGAAAUCAAUGAAAGUGCAACAGAACUUAGAGCUGUAGAUGAAGCUGCUGCUGAAAUUGAGCAGAAUAUGGAGGCAGAGGGGCAAACAGAUGUUUUGGAUGUAAAUGAGAUACCAGUGCGCUAUGAUGAGACACAAUUAUGGCGUAUCUAUAAUAUAUCAGAUAAUAUGCGUCGUCAAAUGAUGCCAGUUGCUGAUAUAUUAGAAUAUAAAUAUGGUGGUACUGUUUGGAAAGAAAAUUCCAAAUUCUUAGAUGUCUCUAUUGCUAAGGAUAAUUUAAAAGCAGCUAGAGGUUUUCUGCAAGAACAUAAUCUUAUGCCAGAGAUUUUGAAUGGAAAUGUACAAGAAUUGAUUGAUAUGGAACAAAUGAUGGGUGUUAAUUUGACACAAAGUGAAGUGGGUCAGAGAACAAAAAAAGCCGCUCGCAGUGGCAUCCACUGGAAGGAUUAUCAUGACUUAGAGGUCAUAUACAGUUUUAUGCGUGAAAUUCGUGGCAAAUUUCCCAACAUCUGUCGCCUGUAUACAAUCGGCAAAACGGCUGAAGGCAGAGAUUUGAAAGUUUUAAGAAUCUCCGAAAAUCCCCGUGAUUACAAGAAAAUCUGGAUUGAUGGUGGCAUACAUGCCCGUGAAUGGAUCAGUCCUGCCACUGUUACCUUUAUACUCUAUCAACUAAUGUCGAAAUGGGCUGAACAACCGGAUUAUAUUAAAAAGAAAACUUGGUAUAUUAUGCCCGUCAUGAAUCCCGAUGGUUAUGUUUACAGUCGUACCGUUAAUCGUUUGUGGCGUAAGAAUCGCUCGCCCUCUAAACGCUCCACCUGUUUGGGUGUGGAUUUAAAUCGUAACUUUGACAUUGGCUGGAAUGGUUAUGGUUCCUCCAAUAAUCCCUGCAGUGAUACCUAUCGUGGCACCUCACCCGGUUCAGAAUUGGAAACCGAUGCUGUUGUCAAAUUUUUAAGUAAAAGAAAAUACAAUUUAGAAUCAUAUCUAACCUAUCAUAGUUACGGACAAAUGAUGGUCUACCCUUGGGCCUACAAGGCUGUCAAGGUGAAAGAUGCUCCAGCAUUGCAACGUGUAGCCAAUACCGCCGUACAACGUAUUGAAAAGAAAACUGGUUCAGUGUAUCGUGCUUCCGUUACCCACGAAGUGUUGGGUAUUGCUGGCGGUGGUUCAGAUGAUUGGACUCGUGCUGCUUUGGGUACCAAAUAUGUUUACACAAUAGAGUUAAGAGAUCGUGGUAAUUUUGGUUUUGUUUUGCCUCCGAAUCAAAUUUUAGAAACUGCACUCGAGGGUUACACUAUUGUCGAUACCGUUGCCCAGGCUAUUGCUUAGUUAGUGUCUGAAACAGAGGAUUCGUAACUUGUAUACGUAGAUUGUAAGCAAAAAAUUAAUGCCAGUGUACUUUUUUUCUAAGUUAAUUUCUUAUUUUUGCGUUUAAGUAAAAACGGAAUUAGAAUACAACAUUAUUUGUAGACUUUAAAAUAAUACAAAAAAAAACUAUUUAAAUUAUUUAUGUACUUUUAAGGAAAAUAAAAAUUCAAUAAACAUUUAUUUAUUUAUUUGUAAUUUAAUUGAAAA